AUGUUCACCUCAUCAUCUCUCUUCUCAUUCCACACUCCAACUCCAACCCUUCAUCAUCAUCAUAAUCUCAUUCCCUUAACCACCACCACACACUCCUUUCGCUUUCUUCAACCACUCAACCACCCUCUCUCCCUCUCCCACUCGCCGGCGCCCUUCUCCGCCGCCGCCAAGCCACCCACCGCCGACAAGUCCAGCGAGCAGAAAUGGGUCCACGAGGGUCUCAUCACUGAGUCCCUCCCCAACGGCAUGUUCCGUGUCCGCCUCGACAACGAGGACCUUAUCCUCGGCUAUGUCUCCGGCAAGAUCCGGAAGAACUUCGUUCGGAUCCUUCCCGGCGACAGGGUCAAAGUUGAGGUCAGUCGCUAUGAUUCUUCCAAAGGACGCAUAGUUUACAGGCUCCGUAACACCGGUGGUGGCUCCUCUUAG